AUGCAAACAUUGUUUGACUAUCGCUAUGGGGACUCACGGGAGUAUAUAUCAUCGGUGGUCCUUCUCCUGCAAAAUGUCAUGGACUACUGCUCACAAGAUGCGACUGAAGCCUCUGCAGCAUGCCAGCAGCUGAACGUCCAAGAUUUCUUGUCCAAGCUUCUAGUUUCCUAUGGACUCAAUGUCAGCCUCUCUGUCAAGAACCGCAAGACCAACACUUUCUCUCGCAAGCUAAAUAUCAAGUACUGCUCGGUCCCCAACCUUCGAAAUAAGACGUACGCAGCAGUCAAGGAGUUGUUUGCUGCCUACGAGACCUCAGGCUGUUCCGACUCAAAAUCUUCGCGGUCUAAAGAAUCAAGCUGGAAGGAUCUGUCGGCGAUCAAAAUUCGGAGGACGGGACCUCUCCGAGUCCUAAGACACUUGUUGGACGAAAGAAGCCUCAAGGACUCACGACCCGCUUACAAACAAGCUGAACAGCCAGAGCUUGACGCUGCAAUGGGCCUUUGGGGGAUUUGGGCCCCUCCAGGGGCCCUGUGUCCCCGAAAGAAGAAAGGAGAAGUUUCAGCGGGAGUGUAUCCAUAUCUUAUCGGCCUGCAGCCCUACUCUUCCUUCCUUGCCAUGUGA